AUGAAUAAAUAAGAAAGAGAAAAUGUAAAGUAACGUAUUGAGGAAAGAAUAUUUUAAAUAAAAUUAAAAAACACAUAACAUGUACAUUGAUAUAGAUGAUUAAUAAAUAGGAAGUAGUGAUUGGAAAGAAUGCAAAUUUUACAAAAAUAAUUGAAUAAGAAUAUGCAACAAAAUAUUUAGAGAGUUUAGGAAUAGAAGCUAAUUAAAAGAAUAUAUAGAUGAUUUUAAAGAACUAUCCAUUAAAUAGAUGUGAAAUAACAGGUGGAUGGAAUAGUAAGAUUUUAAUAUAAUUGUAGCAUCUGGAUUAUAUGCUGAUACAAUUAAUAUAGUUGUAAGAUAAAAGAAAAAGAACAUUGAAAUACCUUAAGGAUAAAAGGAUAAGGAUGUGUUAGAUGAAGUGUAGAAAGAGUAGGAUCUUAAAAAAAUAACUAUAAAGAAGAAUGAAUAAGAAUAAGAUUAAUAAUUAACAUAAUAAUAAUUAGCAUUAUAAUAAAAAAAUGAAGUUGAAUAAUAAAAGGAAUUGUUAGAAAAAGAGGAAGAGAAGAAAAUCAAAUUUAAAUUGGAUUUUAAUAUAGAGCAGAUUAAACAUAAAUAUUUAUUUCCUUUUAAUUAAACAUUUUAAAGAAAGCAAAAUUAAAAUAUGGUAAAUUAGGAUAGAUUAGAAUUUUAAUAAAAUGAUGAGACACAUUCAGAACAUGAUAAAUUUUUAGUAUUUGAAAGUAAGAUAUUUUAAUUACCUUUUAUUCAUAUUGAAAUUCCAGCACCAUUAUUAAAAGAUGUUUAGAGACCACCAAAUAUGAAACCAGAAGAUAUUGAAAAGGUUUUAAAAUAAAUAGAUAAAUUAUUUCCAAAGAGUAUUUUCCCUAUUAAAGCUAAUUCAAAAAGUUAAGAGAAAUAAUAAUUAUAAUAAUUAAAUAAAGAAAAAGGGAAUGAUGAUGUAGAAACACGAUAUAUAGUAUUUGAGAAAUAAUAAAUUGAAAAUGUAUUUUAAUUAAUACAGAAAAGUGAAAUGGUAAAAUUAAUUGGACUUUUUAUCCAUUUAUCAUAUUGGUUGGUGUUUGGUGUAACAUUACCGAUAUAAAUAUAAACAUUAACAAAAAAGUAAAUGUAUAUAUAGAUGAUGGAAAUAAUUGAAUCCUUUUAAUCCUUUUAUUCUCCUAAAUUAUGGAUGCAUUUAGUAAUGCCAAUGAUAUUGGUAUCAUUAAAAAUGGCAACUGAAUAUUUGUACAAAAACCAUUAUAUAAUAUUUUUUGAGAAACCAAGAACAGAAAUAAAUACACCUGGUAAUAUUGCAAUGGAUAAAAUAUUUUAUUUUGCUGAUAGAUUAUUUGAUUAGAAUAAUUUAUUUUGUAGAUUUAUAUUUUUAGAGAGUAGCAAAUAAAAAAAGAUAGGUAAUGAUGCAAAAUUUAUGCAUAAAAGAAUAUUUGGAGUAUCACCAUAUUUAGAUAUAAUGAUUUAGAAUCCAUAGAAUAGUAGAACAAGGGCAAUAAUAGCAAAAUAAAGAGAUAUUGAUAGUAUAUCUAUUAUAAUAUUAUUAUUUUAGUAAGAGAUAAAAUAUUAACAAUAGGUGAAAAGAAAUUAGCAUAAACAAUGCCACCUAUUUUAAGAUAAUAGAAUACAAAAGAAGAAAAAGAUAAAAUAGAAAUGGCUUAAAAAGCUAAAAUGUUUAGUGUUGUUUUAAGUAGAAUGUAAUAAGAUUUUGAAAAAGUAUUAAAAGAAAAAGAAGUUUUAAAACUAAAAUAAAUCUAAUGUUGA